GUAUGUUAUGAUGUUUUAAGUGAGCAUUUAUCAGUCUCUGUAUCUCAGCAGGUGUUGAUUCUGUAAAUAUCCUGGUGUGCUUCCUCUCUUUAAUGUCUUCUGUAUUAUGUGUGACUAUUUUUGACUCUGGUACUCUCUCUGUGUAUGUGUGUGUGUGUAGAUGUGGGUGUGUGUGUGUCUGUGUGUGUAUGUCUCUAUAUGGAGGAGGAGUCCAUUUCAGCGCUGACGUUCCUUUGAUAUAUUUGGAAAAAAAUUAGAAAUGCCUCUUCUGAUUUGUCACUGAAGUUGUUUGAUGAUUUCCUCUGUUCUGUCUAAUAAGGUAAUGAUGAGCACGAUUGGUACAUUUAGGGCUUUCCUCUUUAGGGGGCUCUUUAGAGGAGAAACUUCUGAGCUGAUGGAAUAGUGUGUGUCGUGCUGCAUGAAGGAAAUGAUGAGGAGUCUGAAGAUGAUGUUACUGCUAAAACUCAUCACCGCUGUGUAUCAUACAUCUGUUGCACAAAAAGACAGUGUAAAUGUGAAGUUAGCCGGUGGUCACAGUCGUUGUGCUGGUAGAGUGGAGGUUCUUCACAGAGGUCAGUGGGGAACAGUGUGUGAUAAUAGCUGGGAUAUGACCGAUGCUGCAGUUGUGUGUAAAGAGCUGGACUGUGGAGAACCUGUAGAUGCUCUGAGUGAUGCUCAUUUUGGACCGGGAUCAGGACCAGUCUGGAUGAGUUAUGUUGUGUGUACUGGAUCAGAUUCUACACUGAAGAAUUGUGGGUCAACAGGUUGGGGUAAAACGAGCUGUGAUCAUUCUAAAGAUGCUGGAGUCAGAUGCUCAGAAGUCAGGCUGGUUGGAGGUUCUCGCUGCUCUGGGAGGUUAGAGAUACUUCAUGAUCAGACGUGGAUGUCAGUGUGUGAUGCUGUCUUUGACCAGCAGGAUGCAGAGGUUGUGUGUAGAGAGCUGGACUGUGGGGCUCCUGUACAGGUGCUGGGACCAGCUGCUUUUGACAAAGGAGACACUCAGAUGUGGACACAAGAGAUUCAGUGCAGAGGAAAUGAGUCUCAGAUUCACUUCUGUCCAACAUCACCAUCAGACAAACACAACUGUUCACAUGAAAACAUUGUUGAACUGAUGUGUGCAGACAGUGUGAAUGUGAGAUUGGCAAAUGGUUCCAGUCGCUGUGCUGGUAGAGUGGAGGUUCUUCACAGAGGUCAGUGGGGAACAGUGUGUGAAGAAGACUGGGAUUUGGCUGAUGCUGCAGUGGUGUGUAGAGAGCUGGACUGUGGAGAACCUGUAGAUUCUCUGGGUGAUGUUCAUUUUGGACAAGGAUCAGGACCAAUCUGGAUGAGCAAUGUUUUAUGUACUGGAACAGAGUCCACAUUGAAGAAGUGUGGCUCGACAGGAUGGAAUAAAAAUUACUGUGAUCAUACUGGGGACGCUGGAGUCAUCUGCUCAGAAGUCAGGCUGGUUGGAGGUUCUUGCUGCUCUGGAAGAUUAGAGAUACUACAUAAUAAGACGUGGAUGUCAGUGUGUGACGCUGUCUUUGACCAGCAGGAUGCAGAGGUUGUGUGUAGAGAGCUGGACUGUGGGGCUCCUGUACAGGUGCUGGGAGCAGCUGCUUUUGACAAAGGAGACGCUCAGAUGUGGACACAAGAGAUUCAGUGCAGAGGAAAUGAGUCUCAGAUUCACUUCUGUGCAGCAUCACCAUCAGACAAAUACAACUGUUCACAUGAAAACAGUGUUGAACUGGUGUGUGCAGACCGUGUAAAUGUGAGGUUGGUUGGUGGCAACAGUCGCUGUGCUGGUAGAGUGGAGAUUCUUCACAGAGGUCAGUGGGGAACAGUGUGUGAUGAUUAUUGGGAUAUGGCUGAUGCUGCAGUGGUGUGUAGAGAGCUGGACUGUGGAGAACCUGUAGAUGCUCUGGGUGAUGCUCAUUUUGGACCAGGAACAGGACCGAUCUGGAUAAGUUAUGUUGUGUGCACUGGAUCAGAGUCUACACUGAAAAACUGUGGCACAUCAGGAUGGAGUAAAAGCGACUGUGAUCAUAAUGAAGAUGCUGGAGUCAGAUGCUCAGAAAUCAGGCUAGUUGGAGGUUCUCCCUGCUUUGGGAGGUUAGAGAUACUUCAUGAUCAGACGUGGAUGUCAGUGUGUGACACUGUCUUUGACCAGCAGGAUGCAGAGGUUGUGUGUAGAGAGCUGGACUGUGGGGCUCCUGUACAGGUGCUGGGAGCAGCUGCUUUUGACAAAGGAGACGCUCAGAUGUGGACACAAGAGAUACAGUGCAGAGGAAAUGAAUCUCAUAUUCACUUUUGUCAAACAUCAGCAUCAGUCAAAAGCAACUGUUCACAGAACAACAAUGUUAGACUGGUGUGUGCAGAUUCAAUGAAUGUGCGGGUUGGUGGUGGUAACAGUCGUUGUGCUGGUAGAGUGGAGGUUCUUCACAGAGGUCAGUGGGGAACAGUGUGUGAUGAUGACUGGGAUUUGGCUGAUGCUGCAGUGGUGUGUAGAGAGCUGGACUGUGGAGAACCUGUAGAUGCUCUGAGUGAUGCUCAUUUUGGACCAGGAUCAGGACCGAUCUGGAUGAGUGCUUUGUGUUCUGGAAUGGAAUCUACAUUGAAGAACUGUAGAUCAGCAGGAUGGGGAACGCACACAUGUACUCAUAAUAGUGAUGCUGGAGUCAUCUGCUCAGAUCAUAAACAUUCCAGACUUAUUGAUGGACCUCACCUGUGCUCUGGAAGAAUAGAGUUGAAUCAUGGGAACACAUGGUACACAUUGUGUGAUGCUGUCUUUGACCAGCAGGAUGCAGAGGUUGUGUGUAGAGAGCUGGACUGUGGGGCUCCUGUACAGGUGCUGGGAGCAGCUGCUUUUGACAAAGGAGACACUCAGAUGUGGACACAAGAGAUUCAGUGCAGAGGAAAUGAGUCUUAUAUUUCUUUCUGUCCAACAUCAUCUUUUAAACACAACUGUACCAAUGAGAAUGCCAUUGGGCUGUUAUGUUCUGGUCACACCGAUCUCAGACUGGUAAACGGACAAGACUCCUGUUCUGGUCGAGUUGAACAUCAGUAUCUCAGUAAAUGGGGCACAGUGUGUGAUGCAUGCUGGGAUAUGAGAGCUGCCAGUGUCCUCUGUAGACAGCUGAAUUGUGGGAUUGCUGUGACUGUUGUGGGAUCAGACUGGUUUGGAGAGGGAAGUGGUGAAAUCUGGGCUGAUGUGUUUGAUUGUGACGGGAAUGAAACAAAACUCUCAGAAUGUUCCAUCUCUUCAUGGAGUCGGGCUGAAUGUUCUCACAGACGAGAUGUUGGAGUCAUCUGCUCUAGUGAGAGGAUUUUAUUGAGCAAAAAAUUUAAUACAUGCAAUAUCUCGCAACAUCUUUGUAAAAUUCCACAUCUCUCAGAUUCCUCUCUGGCUCUUCAUGAUGGUCUGGUGCAGUUGUCUGGAGAGAGACAGUGUGAGGGGGAGCUGGAAGUUUUCAUCCAUCAGGUCUGGAGGAGAGUUCUGCUGGACUCCUGGAGUCUCAAUGAAUCCUCUGUGGUCUGCAGACAGCUGGGCUGUGGAUCUGUGCUGAACUUCUACGGCUCCUCUUCAUCCAGUCCUGAACACAGUCAUGAGUGUGUGACGGGCUUCCAGUGCUCUGGGAGUGAAGCUCAUCUGGGGAACUGCAGCUUUCCACAAACUCUCAACUGCAGCUCCACACAACAACUGUACAUCACCUGCCUUGGUGAGAACAACAACAUUCGAGGGUCCAUCAGGCUGGUAGGUUCUGGGGGAGACUGUGCAGGGAGGCUGGAGGUUUUUCACAGCGGCUCAUGGGGGACAGUGUGUGAUGACUCCUGGGAUAUUAAAAAUGCCCAUGUGGUGUGCAGACAGCUGCAGUGUGGAGUGGCCCUCAGUAACCAGCAGGUACCAGCCUGGUUUGGUCCUGGUUCUGGACACAUAUGGCUGGAUGAGGUGGAGUGUGAGGGGAAUGAGACGUCCCUUGGGAGCUGCUCUUCUUCAGGCUGGGGAAAACAUGACUGUAAUCAUAAGGAGGAUGUAGGAGUCGUGUGCUCAGAGUUUAAAGAGAUCAGGUUAACUGAGGGCUGUGAAGGGAAUGUGGAGGUUUUCUACAAUGGAUCCUGGGGUAAUGUGUGCUGGAACCAGAUGGACAGAGACACAGCGAGUCUGAUCUGUCAAGAGCUGAACUGUGGAAGAUCUGGUGAUUUUUCUGAUUCAGUAUCAAGAGUGAAAUCAGCUAUUAACUGGUUGGAUGAAGUGAAAUGUCGACCACAUGACUCAAACCUGUGGCAAUGUCCAUCUUUACCAUGGGGACAAAAUGACUGUGAUGGAGAUGAAGUGGCCAAAAUCACCUGCUCAGGUGAGACUGAUACAGACAAAAUUAUGUGCCUGAAAAAAACAAGACAGUGUUCAGAUCAUGUUCCUCUCAGACUGAGUGGAGGUAAGGGCCGGUGCUCUGGGAGGCUGGAGGUGUAUCAUAACGCUGUGUGGGGCUCAGUCUGUGAUGAUCAGUGGGACAUCAGCGAUGCUCAGGUGGUCUGCAGGCAGCUGGGUUGUGGAGCAGCACUGAGGGCUGAUGGGAAUUCAGUCUUUGGUGCUGGUGAAGGUGUUGUUUGGAUGAACAAAGUCGAGUGCAGAGGGAAUGAGAUUCACCUGUGGGACUGUCCUCUAUCCCUGAAAAACCACACUGACUGCUCCAAGAAAGAGCACGCUGGAAUCACCUGUGAAGAUAUUACAGAUUUGUCAGUGUCCUCUGCCACAACAACAUCAGUCUCUCCUCCAGCUUCUCCUCCAGUUUCUCCUCCAGUGCGCUCAACAUCAGUCUCUCCUCCACAAACUCUCUCCGUCCCCCCAGUGCUUGUGAUUGUUCUGGGAGUUGUGCUCUUACUGCUCUUAGUGCCACUGCUUAUACUGAUUCAGCAGAACAGAGUGAUGAGGAGAGCUCUCUCUAAGAGGAGACACAGGACGAUGACUGAAGCCGUUUAUGAGGAGAUUCAGCGGAGACCCAUUAAUAGUCAUGGUCUUUUCACUCAGAGGGGAAGUGUGAUUUCUGAAGAACAGUACUCUGGGUAUGAAGAUGCGGAUGAUGAGUUUCUUUCAGACUCUGUGCAUGUGAGGUUGGUUGGUGGUCACAGUCGCUGUGCUGGUAGAGUGGAGGUUCUUCACAGAGGUCAGUGGGGAACAGUGUGUGAUGAUGAAUGGGAUUUGGUUGAUGCUGCAGUGGUGUGUAGAGAGCUGGACUGUGGAGAACCUGUAGAUGCUCUGUAUAAUGCUCAUUUUGGACCGGGAUCAGGAAUAAUCUGGAUGAGUUUUGUCUUAUGUACUGGAUCAGAGUCCACACUAAAGAACUGUGGGUCAACUGGAUGGGGUAAAAGCAACUGUGAUCAUAGUAAAGAUGCUGGAGUCAUCUGCUCAGAAGUCAGGUUGGUUGGAGGUUCUCCCUGCUCUGGGAGGUUAGAGAUUCUUCAUGAUCAGACGUGGAUGUCAGUGUGUGACGCUGUCUUUGACCAGCAGGAUGCAGAGGUUGUGUGUAGAGAGCUGGACUGUGGGGCUCCUGUACAGGUGCUGGGAGCAGCUGCUUUUGACAAAGGAGACGCUCAGAUGUGGACACAAGAGAUUCAGUGCAGAGGAAAUGAGUCUCAGAUUCACCUCUGUCCAACAUCACCAACAGUCAAAAGCAACUGUUCACAUGAACAGAACAUUGGUUUGCUGUGUGCUGACAUAAUAAAUGUGAGGUUAGUCGGUGGUCACAGUCGCUGUGCUGGUAGAGUGGAGGUACUUCACAGAGGUCAGUGGGGAACAGUGUGUGGUUAUGGCUGGGAUUUGGCUGAUGCUGCAGUGGUGUGUAGAGAGCUGGACUGUGGAGAACCUGUAGAUGCUGUGGGUGGUGCUCAUUUUGGAUUGGCAUCAAAACCAAUUUGGAUGAUAAAUGCAAUGUGUACCGGCUCAGAGUCUACACUUAAGAAAUGUGGAUUCAUACAAUCAACUGAUCCUGAUGUGUGUCUUGAAAACAAUGCUCAAGUCAUUUGUUCAGGCGUCAGGUUGGUUGGAGGUUCUCGCUGCUCUGGGAGGUUAGAGAUACUUCAUGACCAGACGUGGAUGUCAGUGUGUGAUGCUGUCUUUGACCAGCAGGAUGCAGAGGUUGUGUGUAGAGAGCUGGACUGUGGGGCUCCUGUACAGGUGCUGGGAGCAGCUGCUUUUGACAAAGGAGACGCUCAGAUGUGGACACAAGAGAUUCAGUGCAGAGGAAAUGAAUCUCAGAUUCACCUCUGUCCAACAUCAGUAUCACAUAAAAACAGCUGUUCACAGGAAAAUGAUGUGGGACUGGUGUGUGCAGGCAAUGCGAGAGUGAGGUUGGUUGGUGGAAAUAAUUCCUGUGCUGGUAGAGUGGAGAUUCUUCAUAAAGGCCAGUGGGGGACAGUGUGUGAUAAUGACUGGGAUAUGCCUGAUGCUGCAGUGGUGUGCAAAGAGCUGAAUUGUGGAGAACCUAUAGAUGCUAUGGGUGGUGCUCAUUUUGGACCAGGAUUAGGACCGGUCUGGACACAUCGUAUGUUAUGUACUGGAUCAGAAUCUACACUGAAGAACUGUGGAGCAGUAGAAUGGGGUAUUUAUGACUGUAAUCAUAAUAAAGAUGCAGGAGUCAUCUGUUCAGGUGUCAGACUUAUUGGAAACUCCAGUUGCUCUGGGAGGUUAGAGAUACUUCAUGAUCAGACGUGGAUGUCAGUGUGUGACGCUGUCUUUGACCAGCAGGAUGCAGAGGUUGUGUGUAGAGAGCUGGACUGUGGGGCUCCUGUACAGGUGCUGGGAGCAGCUGCUUUUGACAAAGGAGACACUCAGAUGUGGACACAAGAGAUUCAGUGCAGAGGAAAUGAGUCUCAGAUUCACCUCUGCCCAACAUCCUUUCAUGAAAACAGUUGUUUGCAUGAUAAUUUCCAGGGGUUGUUCUGUGCUGAUAAAAAGAAUGUGAGGUUGGUUGAUGGCAACAGUCGCUGUGCUGGUAGAGUGGAGGUUCUUCACAGAGGUCAGUGGGGAACAGUGUGUGAUAAUGGCUGGGAUAUGUCUGAAGCUGCAAUGGUUUGUAGAGAGCUGGACUGUGGAGAACCUGUAGAUGCUCUCAGUGGUGCCCAUUUUGGACCAGGAUCAGGACCCAUCUGGAUGUAUGUCGUUUUUUGCAAUGGAUUAGAGUCUACACUGAAAAACUGUGGGUCAGCAGGAUGGAGCAUACAUGCGUGUACUCACAAUUUUGAUGCUGGUGUCAUCUGUUCAGGUCAUAAACCUUCCAGACUCAUUAAUGGAUCUCACCUGUGCUCUGGGAGGAUAGAAAUCUUUCAUAAUCACAUGUGGGUUUCAGUGUGUGACGCUGCUUUUGACCAGCAGGAUGCAGAGGUUGUGUGUAGAGAGCUGGACUGUGGGGCUCCUGUACAGGUGCUGGGAGCAGCUGCUUUUGGCAAAGGAGACACUCAGAUGUGGACACAAGAGAUUCAGUGCAGUGGAAAUGAAUCCCAGAUUUCAUUCUGUUCAAUAUCCUCAUCAAACAAACACAACUGCAUCAGCGACAACAUUGUUGGACUGAUCUGUUCUGGUUACACAGAGGCCAAACUACUGAAUGGUUCAGACUCUUGUUCUGGAAGAGUAGAGCUUCGGUUCCUCAAAAAGUGGGGCACAGUGUGUGAUGCAUGCUGGGAUAUGAGAGCUGCCAGUGUCCUCUGUAGACAGCUGAAUUGUGGGAUUGCUGUGUCUGUUGUGGGAUCAAAAUGGUUUGGAGAGGGAAGUGGUGAAAUCUGGGCUGAUGUGUUCGAUUGUGACGGGAAUGAAACAAAACUCUCAGAAUGUUCCAUCUCUUCAUGGAGUCGAGCUGAAUGUUCGCACAGACGAGAUGUUGGAGUCAUCUGCUCUGAUUCCUCUAUGGCUCUUCAUGAUGGUCUGGUGCGGUUGUCUGGAGAGAGACGGUGUGAGGGGGAGCUGGAAGUUUUCAUCCAUCAGGUCUGGAGGAGAGUUCUGCUGGACUCCUGGAGUCUCACUGAAUCCUCUGUGGUCUGCAGACAGCUGGGCUGUGGCUCUGUGCUGAACUUCUACGGCUCCUCUUCAUCCAGUCCUGAACACAGUCAUGAGUGUGUGACGGGCUUCCAGUGCUCUGGGAGUGAAGCUCAUCUGGGGAACUGCAGCUCUCCACAAACUCUCAACUGCAGCUCCACACAACAGCUGUACAUCACCUGCCUUGGUCGUGGGUCUAUCAGGCUGGUGGGUUCUGGGGGAGACUGUGCAGGGAGGCUGGAGGUUUUUCACAGCGGCUCAUGGGGGACAGUGUGUGAUGACUCCUGGGAUAUUAAAGAUGCCCAUGUGGUGUGCAGACAGCUGCAGUGUGGAGUGGCCCUCAGUAACCAGCAGGUACCAGCCUGGUUUGGUCCCGGUUCUGGACACAUAUGGCUGGAUGAGGUGGAGUGUGAGGGGAAUGAGACGUCCCUGUGGAGCUGCUCUUCUUCAGGCUGGGGAAAACAUGACUGUAAUCACAAGGAGGAUGUAGGAGUCGUGUGCUCAGAUUUUAAAGAGAUCAGGUUAACUGAGGGCUGUGAAGGGAAUGUGGAGGUUUUCUACAAUGGAUCCUGGGGUAAUGUGUGCUGGAACCAGAUGGACAAAGACACAGUCAGUCUGAUCUGUCAAGAGCUGAACUGUGGAAGAUCUGGUAUUUUGUCUGCUUCUACACCAAGAGUGAAAUCAGCUCCUAACUGGCUGGAUAAAGUAACAUGUCGACCACAUGAUUCAAAUCUGUGGCAAUGUCCAUCCUCCCCCUGGGGACAGAAUGACUGCAAUGAAGAUGAAGUCACCAAAAUCAACUGCUCAGAACAUAAAAGCCAUGAGUCCCCUCGAAGCUAUCUGACAUGGUCCUCAUCUCCCCACCAGAAACAGUGUUCAGAUCAUGUUCCUCUCAGACUGAGUGGAGGUAAGGGCCGGUGCUCUGGGAGGCUGGAGGUGUAUCAUAACGCUGUGUGGGGCUCAGUCUGUGAUGAUCAGUGGGACAUCAGCGAUGCUCAGGUGGUCUGCAGGCAGCUGGGUUGUGGAGCAGCACUGAGGGCUGAUGGGAAUUCAGUCUUUGGUGCUGGUGAAGGUGUUGUGUGGAUGAACAAAGUCGAGUGCAGAGGGAAUGAGAUUCACCUGUGGGACUGUCCUCUCUCCCUGAAAAACCACACUGACUGCUCCAAGAAAGAGCACGGUGGACUCACUUGUGCAGAUGUGUCAGUGUCCUCUACUCCUGCCACAACAACAUCAGCUUCUCCUCCAGUUUCUCCUCCAGUGCACUCAACAUCAGUCUCUCCUCCACAAACUCUCUCCGUCCCCCCAGUGCUUGUGAUUGUUCUGGGAGUUGUGCUCUUACUGCUCUUAGUGCCACUGCUUAUACUGAUUCAGCAGAACAGAGUGAUGAGGAGAGCUCUCUCUAAGAGGAGACACAGGACGACGACUGAAGCCAUUUAUGAAGAGCUUCAGCGGAGACCCACUAAUAGACAUAGUCUCCUCACUCAGAGGGGAAGUGUCCUUUCUAAAGAACAGCAUUCUGGGUAUGAAGAUGUUGAUAAACUUAUUUCAGCAAACUCUUCAGUAGGAGUCACCCCUGACUACUAUAAUGACAUCACCACCACAAAAGGCCAAUCAGAGCAACAAAUGACACCAGAGGAUUAUGAUGACGCGAUCACUGCUGGUGGGAGACAUCAUGCUACAGAAGAAUUAUCAGAAAACUAUGAUGAUGUCGUCACUGUACAGCAGUUCUUCAAUGUUCAAACAGACUAUGAUGAUGUGGGGGAGGAGCCUGGAAAACAUAGAGGAACUGUAUAACUGAAAGCACAACCAAGGGUCCAGAGAGUUUAAGUUUAAUGUUUUAUCUGCAUUCCACCGAUGUUUACAUUUUGUACUUAAAUCUCCAUCAGUGACAAUAACUCUUUUUAACUCUUUUUGAAGUGCAACAAAUCAUACCAGAGAAUUAUGGUCACUUAUAUACUGAGACAUCUUGCUACAGGUUUAUUUCUUUCAUAAUUAAGAUUAUUAAAAUAUGCAUGUAUAACUUGUGCAUUUUAAUUAUAUUAUAAAAAAUUACAUCUAUUGUGUAUUUUAGAUUAUUAUUAUACAUAUUGUGUCAUGAUGUCUUAAACAUUUUCAGAUAAUUAAACUCAUCUUGAAGUUGUGAAAUCUGUAAAAAAAAAAUGCUCGUCUUUAAAAUGUAUUACACAUGGAAAAUGUUGAAUAAAUACUCAAUAUAUUAAAUAGGGGUGCAGGAUUAAUCGAAAUUAAAUCGCAAUCAAGAUUAGGCAAAAGCUGUAAUUGUCAUGCAUUUCUUUCAGUGAAGCACAGUUCUGUGAUUGGUUGUAUAUAUCCAUCUGAAGGCGCUGAAACUCCGAAUAUGACCCGCAAGAGUAAUGCACAUCUUUACAGGAAACAAAAGAUUGAUAUACUUUCAUUGAUUCAAUGUGACUAAUAAACACAUGAAAUAUAAACUUUGGUUCCAGGGAAGUGGGGAAUUUUGUUGACGUGAUUUUUGGAUGUAUGUGUCUGAUGGAUGUACUUUUUCCAAUAUUUCCAAAAUUUUGUUCUAGAUGACUUGUCUUGAUAACUGAUGAUGCUGUGUGGGAGUCAAAAUGCAUACUACUUUUGUCAUUAAAUGUGGAAUGUAAAGUAUGUCUUUUGUAAUUA